UGUCAAAGAUCAGAUCAUGCGAGAUGGCAAUGGCAACCUCGGGCUACUCACUAGUGUUUGGGACGACGUCUUAGGACCCUGAAUGCGGGUCUGCACGCGUGAGGCGGCGAAGAGGUUCCGUCGAGUUGUGGACCUGAUGGGCACGGCGGAAGAUAUGAGGAGAGGGAAGCUAAUCCUGCUGUAUAAGCUGUGUAUAUAUACCGUCCCCCGGCAUCUCCAGCUGCCACUCGAAGUGGUCCAAGCUAUCCCGGGACUGGGGUUGAGACGGCGGCGAAAGGUGUGAGUUGCCCAAGUGUCAGAGAACAGAAUGCCAUAGGCACCAGUGGGUGUCAGGACACUGAACGCA